CUCCUCCUCCUCCUACCUCUAGAUAGAAAGCUUCUGCCCCCCGUCCAAACGACGAGCCUGGUUGGUUCAUGGUUGGCCGGGCAUGGACGAGCUCCUCCUCAUCUUCCUGCUCAAAAUGGAGGCCUUCCACAUACGCCGGUGAUAGAUUCUCUCCCAGCUCCUGAAUCUUGUAGCUUAGCGCGUCAGGUACCGGACUAGAGGACAGGUUGGUAGAUUGCAGUUAGCAGAUAGGUAGUACGUGUCUAGGCAGGCAGGUGCUGUGUUGUUGUCACUUGCCGCGUGUGUGGUCUGGGUGCGGUGGAUGGGCCUCAUGGCCGGGAUGCUGCCCGGCGUCGAGUUCGCAAGGAGGCGGCGGCUCCGGGCGGUCGGGUCGUCGGCGGAGGCGCCGUGUGCCGGCACGUCGCGGCGGACGUCGCUGGGUCUAUACGGCGCCGGCAACGGGCAAGGCCACGCUGCAGCAGGGUUCCCUAAGAGGAGCGGCGUGUGCGAGGAGAUGUUGGCGAUGCAGCUGGAUAGCAACGCCAGGGAAGCCAAGGAGCGGCUGGAUCAGAAGCUCAGGAACCAGAGGGAAUCUGUGGUCAUGAGGCGUCACAGCACGGGAAGCCUCCGGCUCCCGGUCCCGUCGAGCAGUCCCAGAGACAGAGACGCUGGCAACCACCAGCACCCGGCGAAGGACGCGACGACCGUGCUGCAGCGGGAGGUGUUCACGAAGAAAGGAGGCGGCCGGAGGUUCAGCUGGGGCCUGCGGAAGGCGUCGCCACCGCCGACGGAGCAGGCGGAGUGCGCGGUGUGCCUGGAGGAGUUCCGGGCGGGCGACGUGCUGGCGCACCUGCCCUGCUCGCACCGCUUCCACUGGGCCUGCGCCGUGCCCUGGGUCCAGGCCGCCUCCCGCUGCCCCUUCUGCCGCGCCGCCGUCCGCCUCGCCGCCGACUGAGCGCACCGAGCCCGCCGGCCGCCGCGUCGGUCGUGUCACGGUAUUCGUGUGGUGCGUUACGUGUACGUAAUGAUACAUGCUACAACCGACUGUAGUCUGCAGAGUCUAGACACAGACAUGCGUGGGUGCAGGUGGCUGCCAUGGCAGCUCACGGGACGAGGUCGCCCUCCCGGCCGGCAGCACUGCAGCAGGCUUGCGGUGUGUGGGGUAGCGACGCACUGUUGCGGCUGCUGCCGUGUACGACGACGCGCUGGGUGGCCGAGCGUGUGGUACUGGUGCGCGGAGAGACAUUUUUCUCGGCAAGGCCGGGAGCUGCUCUGGCCCUUUGCCCAGCCAGUGAACACUGCAUGUGACCGUCGUUUCGAUUAUUUUGUUUCUGUUGCUGA